AUGUUUAAAGCUACAGCCGUCCUGGUUUUAAGUUUUUCAAUGAAAAUAAACCAGGUUUUUGACGUUUCCCUCGCCGACACUACAAGUAACAUGUACAAAAAAUAUAAAGAAACAAUCGAGAAAAUAAUCAAUAACAGUUACUCAGCUGUACCAGGAUACUUGGGCUCUACAACAGUGACAGGUUUUAGGCCCGGCAGUGUGAUUGUAGACUACAAUAUUACAGCAUCAAGUGAUAAACUUAAUUUGACUUCAGCAAACGCAGAUGUUGUUAAAAGUCUCACUGUAGACGGAUUUCAUGUGUCCAGUGAUUCAUUCACUCGGAGAGUGUCCCCCGCCAUCUGUCAGUGGAUCACCAGCUUUCUGACAGACCGGACACAGAACAAACUAGAGCUGAACGCACUAAAGACUGUAGAGAUGACAGUGGAUUUUAAAAGGAAACCUUCGACACUGCUCCCCAUCAUCAUAUUCAACAGCACCAUGUCUACCGUGGAGACCUUCAGGUUCUUGGGAACUACUAUUUCCAAUGACCUAAAGUGGGAGGCCAACACCAACUUUAUCCUCAAAAAGGCCCAGCAAAGGAUGUACUUUCUGCGUCAACUGAGGAAACACGGUGAAUAUUCCUGCUCAACAUAUGAGAACUCGAUGCUCUAUGUGGUCUGGCAGAGAAUUACAGUCCGGCCAUAUCCUGAAAUCCAAGUGAGCAAUGAGAAGGUGAUUUCCUGUAAUGUUACGACCGUCUCUCUGCAAUGCUGCGUUCAGGACGGUUAUACAGUGGAAUGGAGCAACUCGGGUUGUACCAACAAUUCAGCAGGCUGCAUUUCAUGUGAAUAUAAGAUGAACGAACAGAGGUGCCAAGGUGCCACACCAGAUCCAGUUGAAGUCUCGUGCCAACUCAAUCCAGCUGCCAGUGGAAGUUUUAACAGAUCAAACAAGAUCAGAAUUACAUCACAAAAAGAGAAAGUUGACUGUUCUGAUGGUACAUUUGGAGUUGGAUCUGAGGGAACCAAGCGCACUGCUGACUGUGGUGUCGGCCUGGUCGGCUAUCAAAUAGCUCAGUGUAAAUCAACAGGAAAAUGGGAGGUGAUAGAAGACAACUGUGUCCUGCAAGCCAUUCAAAAUCUGAAAACUAAAUCUCAGAAUUUAGUGGCUACUGACAUCUCUACAUUUGUGGCGAACCUUAGUGAAGUUACUCAGAAAAAUUCUUCUGUGAUCCAAAACUCAGAAGCGACCAUAUUAACCAUCGUCGACAUUCUUAAGCAAAUUGCCAACGUCUCUCAAACCAUCUUAGUUAAUGAAGCCACCAUGCUGAAUUUUCUAAAAACAGUGGAUGAUAUUGGAUCAGCACAGAAGCAAUGGGUGGAAAUAAACAAGAACAGCACAACCAAACACACCAGUUCUGAUCUUCUGAAGGCUAUUGAGGAUUUUGGAAGCAGAAUCUCAAAUCAGAGCUUUACCACUUCAACAAACUUUACCUAUAUAGAAAGAAAAACCACCAAUCACCCCCUUUCUGAGAACAUCGGAAAAGAUUUAACUACCCACAUAAAUAUACCAAACAUCAAGGAAAAUACUUUUAUCACCAUUAUAGUCUUAUCAGCUUUUAGUAAUAUCUUACCUGUUCAAAAUGACAGCAGUGAAAAUGGCACCAGGAUUAAUGGAGAUGUUGUUGUGGUCCAAACAAAGCCACAAGUUAACAACAUCUCUCUUAAAUACACUGUCAAAAACACGACGCUGGGAAACCCUCAGUGUGUCUUCUGGAACUUCAGUCUCUUGAAUAACUCUGGAGGAUGGGACUCGACUGGAUGUAAACUAAUACAGGAUCAGAACGGAUCGGUUACAUGUGAGUGCGAUCACACGACCUCUUUUUCAGUCCUGAUGUCGCCGUUUACUUUAAGUCCGGCUGAUAUCGUCAUUUUGGACUAUAUCACUUACAUCGGCGUCGGUAUUUCAAUGGCCUGCUUGGUUUUGUGCCUCAUCAUUGAAAUCCUCAUCUGGAAAUCAGUAAGAAGAAACGAAACAUCCUACAUGCGCCACGUCUCCAUCGUUAACAUCGCCUUCUCCCUGCUGAUCGCCGAUAUAUGCUUCAUCAUCGGAGCAGCCAUUGUUAAAAACGGAGAGACGACACCAGUAUCCUCCUGCACCGCUGUAACCUUCUUCAUGCACUUCUUCUAUCUCGCUCUGUUCUUCUGGAUGUUGUUGUUAGCGCUCCUGCUCCUGUACCGCACCAUCAUGGUCUUCAACCGACUUUCUAAAUCUGUGAUGAUGGCUACAGCGUUCAGUGUUGGGUAUGGAGCGCCGUUACUCAUCGCCGUCAUUACUGUGGCAUCUACAGCUGGAGGUGGAGGAUACGUCACAGCAGCUAAUGCUUGCUGGCUGAACUGGGAUAAAACCAAAACUCUCCUGGCGUUCGUGAUUCCUGCUCUGACUAUCGUAGCUAUAAACCUCCUGGUGAUGGUCGUGGUUCUGUAUAAGAUCCUGAGGAGAGGAUUAAACGCCAGCGUUCAGCGAGAUGAGAAACACGCCCUGCUGGUCAUCGCUAAAUGUGUAGGAAUCUUAACACCUCUCUUUGGUCUGACGUGGGGAUUCGGUAUCGGGACCAUGGUAACACAGAAGUUUGGACUCCAUGUGGUGUUCGCAUUGCUCAAUUCACUUCAGGGUUUCUUCAUUCUAGUAUUUGGACUGUUGCUGGACAGUAAGGUUAGAGAAGCCUUGGCAGGAAAGUUGGCGCUGAGGAAUCUCAGCUCUCUGCCCACCAGGAGCACAGAUCAAGGACCAUCAUCCUCGAGCGGACUUUCUUUAUUUCGGAGGCUACGACAUAGAAACAUGUACAAUGUAUCAGGGGCACAAAAUCUAUCUUCAUCUUCUUCAGCCUUUUCUUCAAACAACUCAUAUUCAGCUUUAAGCUAA